AUGUCUAUUUCACUGUUGGGCUUAGUCGUUUGUACAGCGGUCCUUAUAUUUAGUGCGAUAAAGCACGCCAAGAGGUUUCGCGGACCAUAUGGGGCUAAGCAUCAUGCGCAAGUCGAGGAGAAAGUUAGCACUAUCUUGGAGUCCCUUGAAGGUCAUAAGUAUCCUGCCAAGAGUCAUGCUUUGAAGGUCAAGGGCUUCUUCUUGGGCAGAAAGGGACCUAGUCAUGAAGAAAAAACUGCCUUAUUUAUCGCGGGCGGGACUCUGGAGAGUAUCAAAUACUGUGACCAAACUAAGCCAUUCAGACAGAAUAGGUAUUUUUAUUAUUUGACGGGUGUCGACAUUCCUGGUUCUUCACUUAUCUUGGAUUUCCCUACUGAAAAGCUGACGUUGCUGCUCCCCGAUGUCGAUGACGACGAUGUAAUGUGGAGUGGUCUUCCAAUGAGCGUAGACGAGGCAUAUGAGAAGUUUGAUGUUGACCAAGUUCUCUAUAUGAAGGAUUUGGAUGCAGAAUUCGAAAAGAAGGCUGGCUACAAAUUAUACACCACUGACAAGGAUGGCGUACCAUCUUCAAAGUUGAGCGAGAAGCUCAUUUCUGCGGACCCGGACCUAUUCUAUGCUUUAGACGAGGCUAGGAUGAUCAAAGACUGGUAUGAAAUUCAGCUCUUACGGCGCGCGGCAGAGAUAACUGACAAAUGUCAUUUAGCAGUUAUGUCCGCCUUGCCAAUCGAAAAAAAUGAAGGACAUAUGCAUGCCGAAUUUACGUAUCAUGCUAUUCGUCAGGGCUCAAAGAAUCAGGGUUACGACCCCAUUUGUUGCUCCGGUACCAGCUGUAGUACCUUGCACUAUGUCAAGAAUGAUGAUUCGAUGGAGAACAAGCACUCUGUACUAAUCGAUGCCGGGGCUGAAUGGGGAAAUUACACUGCAGAUGUCACUCGCUGUUUCCCCAUAAAUGGGAAGUUCACAAAGGAGCAUAGGGAGAUUUACGACGCUGUCUUGGAUAUGCAAACCCAAGUGAUGGCCGAAAUGAAGCCAGGGGCUGAAUGGGAUGAAUUGCACCUACUUGCCCACCGUAUCCUGAUCAAACAUUUUCUUCGCCUCGGUAUCUUCAGAAGUACAUUCUCUGAGGAAGACAUUCUGAAGAGGAGAGCCAGUCUGUGUUUUUUCCCUCAUGGACUAGGGCACUUGCUAGGCAUGGAUACUCACGAUGUCGGAGGAAGGGCCAACUACAAUGACCCAGACCCGUUAUUUCGUUACUUAAGAUUGCGCAGAAAGUUGGAAGAAGGUAUGGUGGUUACUAAUGAACCAGGAAUCUACUUUAAUCCAUUCUUGAUCAAAGAAUUUCUGGAGAAUCAUCCCGAGAGACUGGAGGUUGUCGAGGAAAAAACUAUGAAAAAAUACUUGUACGUCGGAGGUGUUCGUAUUGAGGAUGACGUAUUGAUCACCAGCUCUGGACAUUUUAAUUUGACUGGUAUCACCAGCGAUCCUGAUGAAAUCGAGAAAAUAGUUCGAGACGGGCUUUCAAAAGGUAGAUCGCACUUUCACAAUGUAGCCUGA